AUUUCAGAUACCACUUGCUUGAAAGGAGUCGUGCUGAAAUUACCGAGUGCUGUACGUGCUGGCCAGAGUCUACAACUGGUCUGUGAGUACGAUUUGGAGGGGGCCCAGCUCUACUCUAUCAAGUUUUAUUUGGGUGAACAGGAGUUCUACAGAUUCGUGCCAAAAGAAUCUCCUCCCACCAGGGUAUUUCCUCUUCCAGGAGUGCAAGUAGAUAUUUACCUGUCUAAUAGUACAGUAGUGACGCUUUCCAAUGUUCAGAAAGAGUUGACCGGCUUUUACGCCUGCGAAGUCUCCGCUGACGCUCCUUUGUUCCACACGGUGAUUAAAGACGCUCCAGUAAUCGUCACAGAGGAGCCUAUUGCGUUACCGGAAGUCAGUGUAGAAAAAGGAAAAUACUCCCUCGGUGAAAAGAUAAGAGCCAAUUGCACCUCACAAGGUGGAUACCCUCCGGCCAAUCUCACCUGGUUUAUCAACGGAAAAGAAGUGAAAGAGUGGGUCGGCAGCGUCGUUACGGAAAUCCCAGGAUUGAGCGAGGUGGAAUUCGAGGCGAGAUCUUCCCUAUUUAGAGACGGAAAAUUAAGACUGCGCUGUUUAGCCACUCAGUUCACACUAUACAGAAGAACUGCGGAAGUUGAUCUUCAAGAAGACACGCCUCAGCUGGCACAUGUCAUGGGCCCUACCGUCUCACCGUCUAGCGAAAUGGUAAACAGUACGGCCUGGAGGAUGGGAACUUCACCGUGGAUUGUUCCUGCUGCUCUCGCUACACUAACGUGGAUUGCUCCAAGAUAACUAACAACUAGUUCACUUUUGUAAAUAAAAACAACAAACAUGGUUUAAUCAUUUUCAAUGUAAAUACAAAUGUAAUCUAGUAGGUAUAAAUAAAAUACAAGUCAUUUAACAAUAACAAAAGUAUACUUGUUAAAACAAAUGUUUGUAUCGUGAAGCCCUUGGUCAUUUCAAAGGAUUCCAUUAUACAUUUUGAUUUCAAUAAAUACGACAAUGUGUAAAUAUCAACUAUAUCCAUGUAAAUAAUAGCGUCAAGGCAAUUGUAAGAUAAAUGGUUUUGUAUGUUAUAAUAAUUUUAUCUGUUUGUUGUUCAUUUUAAAAGAUUUUAUUCAUAGUAUGUUUCAACAACUAACCCCUUGUUAUUCUGAAAUUCAAAACUAAAAUUUUAAAAUUGGAAACUUUAAGCAUUUAUCUUCAAAAGAUAAAGAAUGUUUGUGAACUAUUUGAUGAGUUCGUAUUAACAGAAGCUUGAUAGAGUUAGUUUCAAACAUCGAGGUGUUAAAUACGUUAAAAAUAUUGUUUAAAAAAAAAGAAUAUAUAUAUUUAGUAAUUCACCAUGAAUGCUCUUUUGUACGUUAUAUUUGUUUACUUGUUACAUUCUCAAAAUAACUAUUGUGCAAUGCGAUAAAGUAAAAUGUUAAAUUUGAAAUUUGCAUAAAUUUUUGUUCAAGAAUUGAGUACGAGUUCUCUAAACCUUUUCAUCAAAAGAAUAAACAUCAAACAUCAAGAGCAACAAAACGAAAGAAAUGAGUUUUUUCCUGAGUUCCUGUUGUGAGUUAGAUGAUACUUGGGGAAAUUAUAUCGUUUUUAUUAGGCGAUACAAGUCACCCAAAGCCGUUUUCGGGUCGCCUCCUUUGCCUCUUAAAUUUGAUCGUUCCUUUCAUCCUGUGGAAUUACCAACUCUUUACAUGCCAAAGUUGCUUUCAAGCUUAAAUCGUACUUAAUGCGCCUAGAUAACUUUCGAUUCGAAAACGAAUGGUCUUUGCAUCGCAAACGUUUUAAUUGUAUUGGAUAGAAAAAAAGAGAAUAAGGCUAAAGUACGUCGGAAGAAAAGAAAAUUCACGUUAGUGAAUAAUACAAACUCUCGUUUCCUUUGGGAAAAAACUGGCUAACUCUCAAUUCCAUCAAUUUAUAUUUAAUUGGCUGACGUGAUAAUGAAUUUGCUUCCUUUGCCAAAUGAAAACAUAAAGUAUGUAUGAGAAACUCCUCGUGGAA